CUUGUUAUUCUAGUCCAUUCUAUCUCUCUAAUACAUGUGUUGAUUCAUGCUUUUUGAAUCCAUGUGUAAGAAAUUCACCUCUAAAGUCUCCAAUUUUCAGGACAUUAUUUGUGAUCUUUUAUGUUAGAGACGGUGGCAUUGGGAAUUUGGGUUUGAUUGUGGGUGAGGAGGAUGUCGAAUUUGUAUGGAGAUUAUAGUCAAAAGAUUGAUUAUGUAUUCAAAGUUGUGUUGAUUGGAGAUUCAGCUGUUGGAAAAACCCAACUGUUGGCUCGGUUCGCAAGGAACGAAUUCAGCAUCGAUUCUAAGGCUACAAUUGGGGUCGAAUUCCAGACCAAAACUCUAAUUAUUGAUCAAAAGACUGUCAAGGCACAAAUUUGGGAUACUGCUGGCCAAGAAAGGUAUAGGGCAGUAACAAGUGCAUACUACCGAGGGGCAGUAGGGGCAAUGUUAGUGUAUGACAUGACAAAACGACAGUCGUUUGACCACAUGGCGAGGUGGUUAGAGGAACUGAGGGGCCAUGCAGACAAGAACAUUGUGAUCAUGCUCAUUGGUAACAAAUGUGACUUGGGGAGUCUUAGAGCAGUGCCAACUGAGGAUGCUCAAGAGUUUGCUCAAAGAGAGAACCUGUUCUUUAUGGAGACAUCAGCUCUCGAGUCCACUAACGUUGAAACUGCAUUUUUGACAAUCUUAACAGAGAUAUAUAGGUUAAUCAGCAAGAAAACUCUUACUGCCAGUGAUGAGGUUGAUUCCACUGGGACUUCUGGCCUUUUAAAGGGUACUAAAAUCAUUGUUCCACUUCAGGAAGAGGGUCCAAGGAAAGGCUGCUGCUUUUCCUCAUAACUUGUUUAAGACUUUUUUUUUUUUUUUUAAUUGUUUGUAUUCUCAAUUUUCAGAAAUAUUUUCCUUUAGGUUGUCUUGUUUCAGAGAAAUGUAGUUCUUUGUAGAAAAAAGAUGUUGGAGGAAGAUGGAUUACCAUUUUUUUUAUAUGGUGUGAGCUUACACUAUGUGCUCACUCGAAAUUAAUAACAAGGAAAUUAACAAGAAGGAGGAGAUCUCA